AUGGCAAAGACAAAGGGUGAGAAACGCAACAAGUCGGCGAUCAACGAAGUCGUCACCCGCGAGUGCACAAUUCACUUGGCCAAGCGUGUGCACAACAUUGGCUUCAAGAAGCGUGCGCCCCGCGCCAUCAAGGAGAUCCGCAAGUUUGCCGAGCGUGAGAUGGGCACCAACGAUGUUCGCAUCGACACCCGCCUCAACAAGCACAUCUGGUCCAAGGGUAUCAGAUCGACGCCAUUCCGCGUUCGUGUGCGUCUUGCCCGUCGCCGCAACGACGAUGAGGACUCACCCAACAAACUGUACACCCUGGUGACAUACGUGCCGGUGUCCACUUUCAAGAAUUUGCAGACGGAGAACGUGGAGUCAACUAGCGACGAUUAAGCAGGAAAACAGAUUACACCCAUAACGCCGCUAACGAAAAACGUUAAUAAAAAGUAAUUUUUAUUUAGAAAUAA